AUGUCAAGGCCCUACUAUUGUAAUCUUAGCUCUUCCAGCACGGAACAGACGUAUAAUAACGACAGGUUCGCGCCUGCGAGAAACGUAUUUGGCAGCGGCCACCUGCAAACAGAGUCCAGAGAGAUCCUGCGGCAACACGGUCCUCCGGCUGAGAGUAAUGUCCCUGAGCUGCAUCACAUUCAGCAGGACAGACCAGCCCGGCUAAAGACCAAGUACGUAUCCCUCUUGGACCCGAAGAAGACCCAGUGA